GUUUGGAAUAUAUAAGAUUGUGACGUUUUGUGAUACGGUGACUAGGAUUUAGAUGUUACACUUGGUUGAUUGUGGUUGGUCACAAAUCUGCAUAGAGCACAAUUUGGUGACACCUGUGUGAAAAAUUGGGGGACAAUAGAGUACUUGUUCUGUAAUAGAGAGCUAGAGAGAUUUUUUUUUUUUUUUUUUUGAAAGAUUGAGUGGGAAUGAGAUCACUAAGUUGCUAAAAAGGACUUGAAGUGACUGGUGUUGUGGGAGGGGUAUAUAUAUAGAAGUGAAUCUGUGAUGCAAUUUGUGUCAUACAUAUUGGAGACAAAUAUAAUAUAUUCUACGAGUGAUCGAAGUUCGAAUAUGGUUGGGCUGAUGGGUUGGGGAGCUCCGGAGCAAGGGUGGAGGAAGGGACCAUGGACACCCGAGGAGGACAAGUUGCUUACUGAAUUCAUAAGCAUCCAUGGAGAGGGAAGGUGGAGUUCUGUCGCUAGGUCUACAGGAUUGAAUAGGAAUGGGAAGAGUUGCAGGCUGAGGUGGGUGAACUAUCUAAGGCCAGGUCUUAAGAGAGGCCAAUUAACACCUCAAGAGGAAGGCAUUAUUAUUGAACUACAUGCCCUGUGGGGUAACAAAUGGUCUACUAUUGCUCGAUACUUGCCUGGAAGAACCGAUAAUGAGAUAAAGAACUACUGGAGAACUCAUUUCAAGAAGAAAGGGAAGCCCUCUCAAAGGCAAGAGAAGAGAAGAGCUCGAGUUCUUCUGGAGACACAACAGCAGCAAGAAGAUGACAUAAAUAAUAAGGUGUUGUUACCUCAUGAAGAAGCUGUGAGCGACGAGAAGAAGACCGAGGCACAAGGCCAGGAAGAGAUGGUUGCCAUGUACUCUACUGUGAAGGAUCCAUGCUUGCCUGUGAUGUAUCAAGAUGUUACACCGUGGUUCGACGCCAUCAUGGAGGAUGGCUUAUGGAGUGACUUGUGGAACCUGGAUGAUGCACAGGCUCAUUUGGACCAAGGAAGGGAAGGUGAUAACAAGAUGACCACCCAAAAUCAAGCCACUGCCAAUUAUUAUGGAGAUGAUCAUAUAAUUAACUGGUAUAAUGGAGGGUACAAUUUUUAA